CCGGCCCGUGUAGGGAGAAGGGGCGUAUCUCGGGGGCGUGCUUGGGGGGCGUGUCCUAUGUGCGGGGCGGUGUGUGGCCGCUGGCGGAGGGAUACGCGCGGUUAUAAAGCGGUGCGGCGCGCAGUCACACCCCCAGCACUGUGUGGACCCCGGUGUGCGGUGCGUUUCUUCCUCAUCGUCCUCCUCCCGGCACUCGGAUCUGUAAUCGGCUGACAGCAUGGCAGACCAACUUACUGAGGAGCAGAUUGCUGAAUUCAAGGAGGCUUUCUCCUUAUUUGACAAAGACGGAGAUGGCACCAUCACCACUAAAGAACUUGGGACAGUCAUGCGGUCACUGGGACAGAACCCUACUGAAGCUGAGCUGCAAGACAUGAUCAACGAGGUGGAUGCUGACGGCAAUGGCACAAUCGAUUUCCCUGAAUUCCUGACCAUGAUGGCAAGAAAAAUGAAGGACACAGACAGCGAGGAGGAGAUCCGUGAAGCCUUCAGAGUUUUUGACAAGGACGGUAAUGGCUACAUCAGUGCUGCUGAGCUCCGCCAUGUAAUGACUAAUCUAGGAGAAAAACUAACAGAUGAAGAGGUAGAUGAAAUGAUCAGAGAAGCAGACAUAGAUGGGGAUGGACAGGUCAAUUAUGAAGAAUUCGUACAGAUGAUGACUGCAAAAUGA